CUCAGCCCAGCCGCAUGCUUACGAAUUUGUGAUGAGAUUCGGUUCAUUCGCCCUGGCUUUUCUGUUCAAUGAUUAAAAAAUUACAAAAGUAACAAAUAAGCAAGUAACACGCAAAUGUAUAACUUUUCUCUAUACGUUUGCAGAUAAUGGCUAAAACAUCGAAAAUAGUUCUGAUCACCGGCUGUGGAGAAGGGGGUAUUGGCGAGGCUCUGGCGCUGGAAUACUGUGCAAAAGGAUGCAAGGUCCUCACUACCGUUCUUCCAUGGGAACGCAAAGAACAUCUGACGUCCAAGGGCAUCUCUUGCUACACGCUCGACAUCACCCAGGAUGAAUCGGUUCGAGAACUUGCAAAGACUAUUCAAAAGGAUUUCGGGAACUCUCUCGAUAUACUAGUCAAUAACGCAGGAAUAUGUUACACUAUGACAGCGAUUGAUACCGAUGUCGAAGAAGUCCAGAAAAUGUUUGAUGUUAAUCUUUUUGGCCAUAUGAGAAUGGUCCGUGAAUUUCAUCCGCUCCUGAUCCGUGCUCAGGGGUGCAUUGUCAACAUUGGCUCCGUCGGAGGAAUUGUGCCUUAUAUGUAUGGAUCAUCUUAUAAUGCAAGCAAAGCAGCUCUACAUCACUGGGGAAAUACACUCAGAGUUGAAAUGAGCCCGCUUGGGGUUCGAGUUCUGAAUAUCAUUUCAGGUAACAUUGGAACGAAGAUACUGCGACGUGACGCGUCACGGACCCUGCCAACGGGAUCGUUUUACUCAAAACUCAAGGAAGAGUUUGAAGCCCAUGUUCAGCGCACUCCGCAUACGACUGACCGCCACAUAUACGCGAAAAAGGUUGUUCCACAGUCCCUCAGAGCAUACCCUCCAGCCUGGUACUGGGUGGGAAGCACCUCUGGAAUCGUGUGGUUCAUGGAUAUCUUUGGUUUUCGUACCGCAUGGGAUUAUAUUCAAUGGCCUGUCUUUGGCUUGGGAAAGCUGCAGAGAGAGACAAGAAUGUGGCUGCAAUCAGUGGUGGCUCAAUAGAUCGGCUCUAUGUACCAAUCUUCUAGUUCUGUAGACGAUAGGAUAUUUCAAGAGGUAAACGUUCUUGAUCAGGGAUCUGUGUAGUUAUAUGUGUAGCUAUCUGGC